AGUUCUUUGUCGUAUAUUUUGGUAAUGAUUUGCGAAACCAACUGAUUCCACUCGCUAGUAUGGAAGUCCUGUCUCUUAAAACGUAGUGAUUAUAUGCUCUUUGGUGACGUGUAAAGUGUAUUCGUCGGCGCCCCACAGUUUUUUAAUAACCCACAAGAAAAAGCUCAAAAUGAGCUCUUUCAAACGCGACAAGAAAGAAGAAGAAGAUGGCAGUGGCAAUCCGUAUCAGAACCUCGAUAAAACCAUCGUACUUCAAGAAUCUCGAUAUUUCAACGAGAGUUCGGUGCAUCCGCGAAAAUGCACGCAUAUUUUGUCGAAAAUACUAUUCCUACUCAAUCAGGGAGAGAAAUUGACUACCCAAGAAGCUACCGAUGCGUUUUUCGCGACCACCAAGUUAUUCCAAUCCAAAGAUGUGAUGCUGCGACGUAUGGUAUAUUUGUGUAUAAAAGAGUUGAGCAGUAUGGCUCAGGAUGUCAUCAUAGUUACGUCUUCGCUGACUAAAGACAUGACUGGGAAGGAGGAUUUGUACAGGGCGGCGGCUAUCAGAGCCUUGUGCAGUAUUACAGACAGUACGAUGCUGCAAGCUAUCGAGAGAUACAUGAAACAGGCUAUUGUGGAUAAGAAUCCAGCAGUGAGUUCCGCGGCUCUGGUGUCGGCGCUGCAUCUGUCGUCGAGCGCGCCCGAUCUGGUGCGCCGGUGGGCCAAUGAAGCUCAGGAAGCCAUCAGCUCCGACAACGCCAUGGUGUCGUACCACGCGCUCGGCGUCGUCGCCGCCUCGCGCCGAAACGACAAACUCUCCACCGUCAAGUUGGUCACCCGUCUCGCUCGUGCUCCACUAAAGUCCCCUUACGCCCUCUGCCUACUCAUCCGCCUUGCCGCCCAGUUGGUAGAGGAUGACGAAUCAGAUGCUUCACAACCUUACAUCGAGUUUAUUGAGUGCUGUCUUAGACAUAAGUCAGAAAUGGUCAUUUACGAAGCUGCCCAUGCGAUUGUGAACCUAAGGAAAACCGCUAGGGACCUUGCCCCGGCUGUAUCCGUCUUGCAACUCUUCUGUGGCUCUUCUAAAGCUUCUUUAAGGCUAGCUGGAGCUAGAACUUUAGCCCGACUUACUGCUAAACACCCUACAGCAGUUGCCGCUUGUGCGGUUGAUUUGGAGAACUUGAUUUCAGAUCCGAAUCGCUCUGUAGCUACUCUAGCUGUCACGACUUUACUUGCUACUGGUGCUGAGAGUUCUGUUGAUAGAUUGAUGAAGCAGAUCUCUAGUUUUGUAUCAGAGAUCUCUGACGAGUUUAAGAUUGUUGUAGUAAGAGCUAUAAGGCGAUUAUGCACUAAGUUCCCAAGGAAACAUCAGUCCCUUGCAGCUUUCCUAGCUGGUAUGUUAAGAGAUGAAGGAGGUUUGGAAUACAAGGCGGCUAUAGCGGAUGCUAUUAUAGCUUUAGUCGAAGAAAACCCAGACGCAAAGGAAACAGGGCUAGCGCAUCUCUGCGAGUUCAUCGAAGAUUGCGAGCACACGGCUUUGGCUGUACGUAUCUUGCAUUUACUCGGUCGUGAAGGUCCAAAAUCGCGUCAACCAUCACGUUACAUACGCUUUAUUUACAAUAGAGUUAUUCUUGAAUCCGGGCCAGUGAGGGCAGCUGCUGUUUCCGCUGUUGCUCAAUUCGGAGCUCAAAGACCAGAGCUACUUCCCAAUAUUAGAGUCCUGCUUUCAAGAUGUCAAAUGGAUGACGAUGACGAAGUACGUGACAGAGCUAUAUAUUACUCCGCGAUUUUGGAUACUGGUGACCAACAACUUAUCAACGAUUAUAUCGUGAACGUGCCCAAGCCAAAUCCAGUACUGCUUGAGCGUGCGUUGCGUGACCAUUUGGCUACACGCCCUGAAGAACCUUUCGACAUCAUGGCCGUGCCUACAGAGGAAGAACCGAAGGAAACUAAGGAGGCUGUUGUUGAAAUUGAAGUUCGUAAGCCUGUACCAGUUUCUAUUGAGGAGUUGUACUCUGAGCAGCUCUCGAAACUGCCAGGAAUUGAGCGUCUCGGUCCAAUCUUUAAGACAGUUCCUCUGUUUGACUUAACAGAAGCGGAAACUGAGUAUCGAGUCCGUCUGCUAAAACAUAUCUUUGCCAGGCAUGUUGUAUUACAGUUUGAGUGUGUCAACACCUUAAACGACCAGCUUUUAGAGCAUGUUCAUGUACGUCUGGAAACGCCACCGGAAUACGAGGUAAAAUCCAUCGUGCCGUGUCAAAAGCUUGAGUACGAUAAACCUGGAAGCGUUUUUCUUAUCCUAGAAUUCCCAAGCGCUUUCAUAGAUAGCUUAGGACUGUUCGGAGCAACGUUGGAGUUCACAGUUCGCGAUUGCGAUCCGACUACAGGAGUUCCUGACUCCCACGAGGGUUACGCAGAUUCAUACCCAUUAGAAGAGUUCGGUAUAGGUUGUAGCGAUCAGAUCAGAGCGCGCCCAGCGACAGAUGAUUGGGAGCAAAUAUGGGACAGAGCUGAAAACGCACCAGAAGCCAGCGAUACGUUUGGUCUGUCACAGAACAAUAUAAACGAUGCCGUAUCUGCUGUGUGUGAACAUCUAGGUCUACCUAAAGCUUCAGUCUCAGGGGAUGCUGUAAAGGAGAUUAGGGCGCAGGGUAUAUUUAGGGGAGGGGCGCCAGUGUUGGUUAGGGGUAAGCUGGUCGCUGGGGGAGAGACGGUCACUAUGAAGCUUGCGGCUCGGUCGCCGAGAGAGGAUGUAGCUCAGUUGUUGCUGGCUGCCAUCUAAUUUAGAUAUUAAAUUGCCUGAAUGCACACUAGAUGUCAUUUUCAUCAGAUAUACAGAGGCACCGAAAUAACCACAAAACUACUGUACCUAUUCAAGUACCUUUGACUGCAGUCGUUAAAUGUGAAUCGAUUCACGAAAUGAAUGCACGAAACUUUCACUGUAUGAGUGACUCAUGCAUCGGUAUACAGUCAGAGCCGCCAUUUUAUUGGUUAAUGUGAUACUCACAUAUAUUUUCAUUCACUCAUUCAAUCCAUUCGUGUCAGCACUUAUCGACCUGGGCUAUAUAGUAUAGUCAAGUUAAGAAAAAGUAUGGAAGUAAGUCGUGUAGUCGUGCUUUUUUUGGAUUUGUUAGAUGGCGCAACUAGAUUGAUUCCCCCGAGUUGCACCGUUUCUAUUAUGUACGGAAGACCGUUAAAUUUUAGGUAUAAACUAUAAAGUGCCGUAAUUUUGGAGUAAAUUAAAAGCUAUUAGGUUCAAGCUAAGUAGUGUAUAGAGAACACCUUGGUGCAUAGUAUAUCUUAAUUAAAAAGAUGUGCAAUGUAUGAUACCCUAAAAAAAUUUUUUUUUCGAUUGCGGCUCGAGGAUAAGUCAGUCGGUUGGUGCAAUCUCAAGUUAAGCUUUUUAAAGCAUUAUAAACAUUCAGUUAACUUUGCACGCCUGGGCAAAUUAUGGAACAUGUAUUUUUGAUUAUUUUGUACAUUGUGCUUCGGGGGAAAUUAAGAGAGACGUGAAAAUUUUAAAAACGGUACUUAUCUAAAUACACUACAUUUGCACUAAAUAAAAAAUAGAUUUUUUUCACCGGAAGUUUGUUAAAGUAAGUAAAUAGAAUUAAUCGCAACGAACUGCAAGCGAAGGUGGUUGGCAGCACGUGGCGCGGGGCGCGCGGGGCGGGGAGAUAGCGCAGCGCGCAGCUAGGGUUUGCAAUAUCCGACAAUUUUUCGGAUUGGAUACAUAGAAAUAGGAUAUCAAGAAACGACUGUCAAACUUCAAAAGUGCGACCAAAAAUGAAAUGCAAGUUUGUGCGUAAAUUGUCUAUGUGAGAUCAAAAAUAGUGAUGUCAUGUUACAACAUAUUAAUAAUCUAUCGGUGUUUGACUGCUUUAUCGACUACUUAUUCAAAUGUGUUUGAUUGUAUAAAAAAAUGUUAUACGAGUAGGUAUGAAGUCGCUUCCCUUAUGGUCAUAUAGGGCCCAAAAGGUGCCUAUGAAACCAGCAUCAUAUUUUAGUUGUUGUUAAGCAUGUUAUUCUGACUAAAAAACCAUCGGGAGACAGUUUCUAACGUGGUUAAGUCACCAGUUAUGACGUCAUCAAAAUGGCCGGUGCCGUGUUCAGAAUAUUGCGUAUACCACAGCAAGCUUAUCACAUGUAAGCUUGUGUGGGGUGUCAUAAAAAGCAAAAUUAAAUGCGCUACAAUAUGGUUUAGACAUUUGACCUUGUAAAUACCAUAGUUUGCGAGAAAUUUUAAGUUUUAUUUAAAUAUUUCCGAAAAAAAACCGUUUUUUGUUUUCAUCAACUUUACUAGUAACUUUACAGGAAGACAUUGUAUCAAGAUAUGAAUGCUAUAUUAAUAAGCUAUAAAAUUCCAUUAAAAUUUUGAAAAUCGGUUUAUAAACAAGCAAAUUAAACUAUUUUUGUUCCAUACCGGAUGACACCACCAAGAGUCGGAUGGCUGUUUCAAUACAAUUUGCAAGGCAAAUGAUGUUUAAGUAAAGGUAACUUGCUGAACGAUAUUUAUAGUAAAGUAAUAUUUUCGAUAAAAGUAUUAUUAUCAAAAUUAAGAAUACUGCGAUCGUUUUAUUGUAAUUUACUCCGGAUCUAGCUAAUUAAAGUAACACACUAAUUAAACAAAAAUAUUUAUUUUUUUACGUAUUAUUUUGUCCCAGAGCAUGCACCUUCGCAUGCGCAAAGCAUAGUGUAUUUAAAUCCGUGUUUUACUCCCCCACACCCUGUACAGCGUUCUUUGCACUUGCAAGACAAUAGCUCCUUGCAGAGGUGUACGCUGGUCCAUCAUUUUUCUUUCGCCAAGCCUAGUUGCAAGAAUCUAGCAUUUGUGGGUCGCUAUUCAGGUAAAUUGGUCCCAAUGUGGGUCUGUUAAGCCCUUUUUAUAUGCUGUAGGAGAGCAUCCUGUUGAAGGAAUAUACUCGAUCGCUCUGGUUUUUCCUAAACAAGAUCCUCCUCGCAGUAUUUACAUUACCUAUUUGUGUCCCUACUGGGAAGUUAUAUAGGGUUUGCAAUUAGAAUAUUGUGAUAUUCUAAUUAUUCGAAUAUCCACCAAAAUAAAUAUCCGAAUAAACUAAUUUAGAUAACACAGAAAUAACGUUUUUAACUAUGUUUUAAUACAAUGAUAUCACCCCAACUAAUUUUAAAUGAUUACUUGAUUACUAUAAUAGCUAACAUAAUGUUAUCUCUAAAACCGUACUUAAUAAGGAGGGUUUAUAUCUGGAUUAGCUGGUGCAUAGUUGGAAAUACAUCCAAUGCCUCACCUCGUGUUCAUUCGUCAUGAAAUACUAACUAUGAAAGCAAUACUUACUUACUUCACUGGAUCAGUGACCCAAAAAGAAUCUUGGCCUUUGAUACAAGAACAACGUCACACUGCUCUAUUCUGCAUCACUCCACGCUAGUUGGAUACUCCGAGGGCGUUUUAGGGCUACAUCGCUCCUGCGGUAUAUCUUUUCACAGCCCGAUUCUCUCCCGUCCACCCCAAGUGACCAAGCCUGCGAAGUCGUGCGGCUAUAAUCUCGCUAAUUAUAUUGGGUGCCGCAACUAGCUACUCUAGCUCCCUAUUUUUCCUACGCUUUCAUCUUCUCUAUCUUCAUCUCUGAUAGGUCCCAGAAUAAUCCGCCAGAAUUUCGUCUUCUUCACUAAGAACUUGUUCUUUUUUUUUCUGAUUCAGAGUCCAAGUGUAAUACUUACCGAUGUCAUUCAUCAAAAUCUAAUUAUUGUCUUAUAGACUUGAAUCAUGGACAGUCUACUGAUCAGCUUGGACACUAGAACUCGGCGAAGCGCUGCUGAGCAUCUUAGGGCAUUUUGGAUUCGAACAUCUAUCUCCUCUUCCCGAUUACUUUAGGUAGGUAUUUUCUUUUCAAUCUGCGGUGGCAGCAUGGUUCUAUUUUUAUCACUUGUCACUAUGCCCUUCAUGACAAAUGAUAAAGAGCCGACCAUCUUAGCCCUAUUCAUUUAGAGAUAUUCUAGUGGUUGAUUAUCAGACCAAUUUUCUCUCCUUCCUACUCUACUAUCCUAGCCUUGGCCUUCAGGUUGCUUUUGUUUUGAGCCUAUAGCCCCAAGUCAUCAGGAUAUCCAAUGAUCUAAUGUUUGCAUUAAGCAACAUUCGCAUUCAUUGUAUAAAGUUACUGCGUGACACCUGUAUGUACCUAUGAAAAUUGAUGUGCUGUUAGUAUUUGAAUUGAUUAAAUAUAUGAAAAUACUAUAUUUAAAUGACAAAAUGGUAUGAAAUUAUUCAUAAAUUUCAUUAGAAAAUUGUUCCGGUUAUAGGUCAAUAACCAUAUUUAACGGAUCCGUAAUAUCCGGAUCUUAUGACCCGAUAUUUCGGAUAUCCGGAUCUCAAAUCCUACGCGCAGCGAUUGUUCCGAGACAGUUUGUUUGACACUUUUGACGGGCAACGAGCACAAAUCUUUCUUCUGGCAUUAAAACGGAACUAUUGUUUUAAACAAUCAUUGAGUGAACUAAGUAGUCUAACGUUUUCGUAAGUAUAUGGAAAAACGCGAAUUUUCGAAUUUAACAAACAUUGAGCGUACCUGUAUUUAAUUUGUUGACUGUCUGUCUGCAUACUCAGAAACCCUACUAUUUUUGCAGUACAUGCCACUACUCGUGCCUCAAGAGCCGUGCUUCGUCGGUGCAUCUACGCGCGUUCCUUCUCUUGCCACUAAUCACGCGCUUGUCGCUUCUGUGUAUUUAUUGGUCUACGUUUUUGGUACUUGAUUACAAAACUGCAUGUUCCGUAUAAAAAUGCCAAUUUUUUAUGGAGUGCGAAUGUAAACAAAAUCAAAUGAAUAUGAUUGCAUCAAUUUCCAAUAGUAUUAAAAUUUCCCCCGAAGUACAACGACAGUAAAACAUGAAAAACUACUUUCCGGGUGUCGCACCAUGGUGCGAAUUUGACAUUGGAUUUAGAUAUUUUUUCUAAUUAUUUACUCAAUUUGCACCGAGUACAUUACUUUCCCCAGACCCGCAAUGGCCAAAAUAGAUUUUUUUUAAUGUUGUAUUUUUUUUUACCUGUUCCGUAGUUUAAAUUAACAUAAAUAACACGUGCGAAUUUAGAUAUAAGUGUUGUAAAACGUACGCCAAAUUACACCGAGUACACCUUUUUUCUCUUCUUAGUUAUAACCAUUACAUUAUUUUCAGCCGAUUUCACCCCUUUCCGGGGGGGUGAAUUUAGUAACGAUUGUAUAAAGUUCGAUUUUUAGCCCAUACAAAACAAUCCGUAGUGAUUUUAUUAGUCCUUAGAAUUAGUUCCUGACUUUAGUGAAAUUUGAGUUAAUUUGACCGUACUAAUACUAUAACCGCGAAAAUCGAAGUUUGUCAAUUACGGGCAUUUUUCUCUGUCACUCUAAUUACAUCCUAGUGAGAGUAAAAGAGAAAGAUCGCCGCAAUUUGAGAAUUUCGGUUUUCGCGGUAGGACCCCAGUACAUACACUUUUUUUAUUUGGAAUAUUUUGUGUUAUUUCUACUCAGAAUGACGAGGUCUUUCGAUCGUGUUAGGAGAAAAAAAGUGUCCCAAGAUUUUUAUUUACAUUUUAGUUGCCAAUUUUCAUAGGUUUCGUUUGACAGCAGCAAUGGUAUGUUAGGAUCGAAAAAUGUAUGUAUAUUUUGACUUUGAAAAAUGGCCCAUUAUGUAGCAUAAAAAUCGCGACUAUUACAUUUUUGAAUGUGCGUUCUUAAUAUUAAACAGCAAAUAACUAGUAAGAUAAAUCGUUUAUUAGUUUUUUAGUAUGUUUUGAAAAUUAGUUAACUUCUAACGUCUACUUUCGGCCCGCUGCUCUGAACGAAGUUGCCGCUUUUCGGCUCUGUUGAGCAGAAAAAUAAUAUAAGAAAGCCUCGGAUUACAUAUUUGUCGGUUUCGCUCUGACAAUGACAUGUAAUUACACUAGGUAUUUGAUAUACAGGUAGAUACCCGAAAGCUGGCACGAAUUGAACGAAACUAUAUUGUAGGAGUGACACCUAGGUGGUCCCCACCGCGAAAGCCAAAAAUUGUGGGGUUCUUUCUCUUUUACUCUCACUAAGACGUAAUUAGAGUGACAGCUUCGAUUUUCCUGGUUAUAGCCCUGUAUCGGUAUAUAGUCAGAGCCGCAAUUUUUCUGUCUAAUGUGAUACCACAGAUUAGAUAUGUGAUACACAUAAAGAUAUUUUCAUUCACCCAUUCAUUUCAUUCGUUCCAGCUCUUGUGAAUCGAUAUUGAACCAUAGAUAUAUCUUUCUAGAUUCGAAAUUAGUAUGUAUUUUUUUUUAUACCACGACGGUGGCAAACAAGCAUACGGCCCGCCUGAUAAAAAGUAUUGUCAGCAAAAAAAUAAGCAUUCACUGAAACAAUCUGUGUAUUUUCCGUAUGAUUUUAUUAUAUUAUUCUGCAUUCCAGAAUGCCUAGCAUAAUGUCUUUAUAUAUUACUUAAUCUUAAAAUUUACAAUAAAUAAAACAAUUUAUGAUUAAA